AUGCCUCAGCCUACAGCGGGACAGCGAGCACGACGGCAGACUGCACCUUCAGGUCCGCCAAAAGAAUUCAAAGUUCAGAUGUCAGAGAUAGCGGAAGUGCUACCGGAGGGUAUUGAGUCUAUAACGGAUGUCAAGAAUGAACUCGAUUUUGUACAGUGGUAUAGCGAGAUUGAAAAUGACCUCUUGGAGAGCAGUUAUGACGAGUACCACCUCUCCGAAUCCUUCAAGGCCGUGGAAGCUCAAACAUCGAAUUUCCGGAAGCAAUGCGAGGGCAUCCUAUCUGCCCAAAAACGUGACACAGAGCUAGCAGAGAAAAUACAAGAGAACAUCCAAUACUAUGAGUUCCUGGACCCCGCUUCAAGGCGACUCAACGCUCCUGGGGCUGGAAAUGCUGUUCGUAGCCAAGAUUUCUCAGAUAUGCUCAGGCGGCUGGACGAGUGCCUGGAUUACAUGGAGACGCAUCCUGAGCAAAAGGAAGCUAGUGUGUAUCGAUCCAGAUACAGGCUGCUUAUGACACGAGCUCUCACCUUGAUUCGAGUACAUUUCGUUUCGGCACUUCGAGAUAUACAUACCAGUGUUUCGAAAAAAAUCGCAGACCAACAGCAGAACGAAGCUACUAUGUCGGCCCUAUUGUAUGCCAAGUUUCGUGUUGGUGCUCCUGAAUUGAAACAAAUUGGCCUUGAGAUACAGAAGAGAGCUGUGCCACCGUUGGAUCCUGAACAGGGAACUGAAGCGGAAUAUCAGAGUCUUCUCAAUGAACUUCACACGAAUUUUUCUGCUACUCGUGGCAAAUUGAUCAUACCCUUAGUACGAAAAAAGCUCUAUGACAUUGCACACGCCCCGAGUACAUCGAAGGAUUUGGUUGCUUUCGCCCGUGCCAGCAUCAGCUACGUUCGUGGUGUUUGUUUGGAUGAGUUUGAACUGUGGGGUGAAUGGUUUCACGGCCAAGCGGGUUUGUACGACUUCCUCGAGACAAUCUGCGAGCCUCUGUAUGACCAUCUGAGGCCUCGCAUUAUUCAUGAGGACAAGAUCGUAAAUCUCUGUCAACUCUGCACCCUCUUACAGACCCGCUUUCUGCUUGACCAGGAUGAGGAGGUGGAGCAGACGGAUGCUAAUCAACUCGACUUCUUCGUACUGAUACAACCCGCCUUAGAGGAUGUGCAAACUCGUCUCGUAUUCCGCGCGCAAGCCUUCCUGCGUGAUGAGAUCGAACGGUUUAAGCCGCGCCCGGAGGACCUUGAUUACCCUGCACGCAAUAAGGGAGUCUCGAUUACCGUUACCGAGAAUCAGAUUUCCGGAAAGAAAGUGGCACCCGCCAAUACCUUGGCACAUUUGGCGAAGACAACGAGGCAAUCAGAUAGUGACCCCAACGCCAUAUCGGAGCAGGACUCCAAGUGGGAUUUUGAGGUCCAGGCUGCCCUGAGUGGCUGGUAUCCAACAUUACGUAAAGCCAUCUGGCUUCUCAGCCGAAUAUACCGUCUCGUAAAUUCUACUGUUUUCGACGACCUGGCUCAUCAGAUCGUUCACCAGACGACCCUCUCUUUGCACCAGGCGAGCGCUCAAAUCUCAAGCAAAUCCACUGCAGACGGAAAGCUCUUCUUAAUGAGCCAUCUCUUGAUCCUGAAGCAACAAAUUGUCGCAUUCGACAUCGAGUACGUAGCGCCAGAAGUGUCGUUCGAUUUCUCCGGCAUCACCAAUACCUUCUGGGAGCUCCGUGAAAGAGGCGGCCUCUUCAACCCCCGCAACCUCAUGCGCCUCGUCGGCCAUGGUCUACUCCCACGCGUCGUCGAGAAUAUGCUCGAUGCAAAGGUAGAGCUUGACGGGCGGCUCCGAACCGUGAUCAACGAUUUCAUUAACGAGUUCGCAACAAAGAUGACCGCCUCUUUACCCGCAAAGUUCAUCGAUAGGCGGAAUCUGCAGCAAGGAGAACUAAUUUAUCCGACAUGCCAGAAUAUCGAGAAGGAAGUCCCCAACUUACGAAAAAUACUCGGUGACUAUCUUGACGAUCCCCGGAUGAAAGAGACUCUUGUUGGUGCAGUACAAGACCGCGUCAUCCAGAUUUACGAGGACUUUUUCGACAGAUAUACAUCGUCUGAACGGAGCAAGGGACAUUCUGUCUCCAAGAAGGGGAAGGGCCGCGAGGACGCCGUGUGGGAUGUGGGGAGUUUCGCAGAGUGGUGUGAAAAUAUCUUCCGAGUCGGCAUCCCUGAGCAAGAUGACGAAGGAUUACCUAGUGGGAGUUUGAGCCGGAGCGGGAGUCCAGGGAGCUAG